AUGAAUUCAUCGAAAAUACCGGGUGCAAAAGUCGGACGUUUCCAAGGCCUUCGACGCCGGCUAUUUUCAGAGUCAAGCGUGGACAAGGAAUAUUUCAAAAAAAACAUCGAGCAACAGCCCGUCGAAGAUAUCACCCUUAACAUAUUUUAUCAGUCGCGUUCAAUAACUAUUCUGAUUGUCAUAGUUGCCGCAUUAACAUGGGUUGCGUUCACGAGGCAAGUUAGUAGCAAAUGUCGACAUAAUUUAAUAUUAUAUUUAAGAUCUACGGGUUAUCCCUUAGAGGAUGAUUUAUUCCACGGCGCGCUGUGUGUUAUCACAGUAUUUUUGAUUAUAUCAGUAAUGAUCAUGCCAAAUGGACCGUUCACGCGACCCCACCCUUUGGUCUGGCGUGUGGUAUUUGGCGCAAGUCUCCUGUAUUUCCUCAGCAUUGUGUUUGUUUUGUUUCUGCGACUGGAAGACGCCCGCAAGAUACUAUUUUAUUUGGAUCCUGCCCUACGAAAAAUGCGACAUUGCGACAUCCUAGACAAGGAGUAUGCGGUCAAUUGUAGUCAGGUAAGGCAACCUGUCUUAUUUCUGUUCAUAUUCUCUUCCAACAUUUUCAUGUUCAUCACGGUUCUAUCAGCACCUGCAAAAUAUUUCGAGAAUUCCCCGGGGUUUGUAUGGAGACCAACGAUCGAACGUGUGAUCAAAUUCCAGACUGUUAGAAAUGACAGAAGGCCCCAGAAUGAGGGAUUUACUGAGACAGAACCCUGA